GUCGAAACUUCUGUUGUGACUGCGUGGGGUCCAUAUGCGAAUGAUCAUGACCAUAUCGAAAACUACUUUGUGGAAUCAUGGGGUGAGUUGGUGUUGCCGAUCGUGCUGGACUAUAUAACUGCAGUCAAAAUGAACUUAUUCUCUCGUACUUAACUGCCACUUGUCUGCAACAAAUUCUAUUGGGCUUUCAAUAUUUCAUCAUUUUACUCGUACCGUACAGCGCUAUUCAACAGCUUCAUAUAGCGAUUUCGAUGAGAUAGCAGCCACUCCGAAGACAUGUCUUCGUCAAAUGAAACAAUAUAUCGAGGUUUCUGGACGAAUUACUCAAAGGGGGAAGUCGGUGGAUUGACUCUUACACUUACCACCCGCAAUGGAGGGAUUCUGAUUGCCGUACUUGCAAUCUUCAUUCAACUCAUUGGUGUCCAGAGCUGGGGCAUCGUUCGAUUUAUCACUCACCAGCUACGUGCAACUACACAAGCUAGAAGUGGACUAUAUCACCAGCAACAAGCAAUAUUGAGAAACGACAACUCUGAUACCAGCACUGUCUGGGAGCUCACCAGGACCGCAUAUGCUUGGCGAUCGCAAUCUCCGAAGAGUUUCCAAAAUUCCAUUGCCUUGGUCUCAAUAGGGAUCCUUCAUCUUCUUGCUUUCGGAGCUACCAGUAUCUUAGCCUCGCACAUUACAACAACUGACAGCCAAGUCCUUGUUGCUCAAAGUCCUCAUUGCGGGCCAUGGGAAGCAGAAGUCAACAAUCCACUUUCCCCUGUAUCGAUGAUCGCAGACAGCUAUGGCUUUCUUACCAUGCAAUCAAGCGGGAAGUACGUGGAAAACUGUUUAGCGGAGUCGGCUUCUCUCCCGGAAUGCGAUAUGUUCAAACGCCUGGAAUUGAAUUGGACCUCGACCACAAACCAACCGUGCCCUUUUGGCGAUAUGUGUCUUGGUCCAGCGAAUGGUUCUUUAUACAUGGACACCGGCUAUGUCGACUCUCGUGAUGACCUGGGAAUCAACGGAAAAGACGAAGACCGCAUUCAAUGGAGGCGGAACGCGACCUGCGUUCCUAUCAAAACCGAUGGCUUCAGUACAAACGGCACGAGCGUUGUUAACUACAAAGAUCCACACUACUACGGUCGUAAUAACUUCAACUACACAGCCCUAUUCUACGGACCAAUGUAUGGAUCUCCCAGUGAAUGGGGAAUGGAUGAUCCCGCUUUGCAAAAUGCCACCUACAUUUAUACAAACUUCUAUGACAUCAAAAUCCAUUCAUUCAGUUCUUCGGUAGCACCAUAUCAAGUGGAAACUCAGAUUGUAGACGAAACUCAGUCGUCAUUUAUACCUAUGCCUGCCUUGUCUGUGCCAAAUGCCACUCUCGACUUAGCGUUUGCUACAUAUUUCUCAUGCUACACCGAGCCAAGUGAUGACCUCUGGCUUGGUGCCCAUCUUAACACCACGGUUUCUCGCUUGGGCUCCAACGAAACAAUGGAGGUAUAUGUUCAAGACAAAGUGGUAUCAGUUCUCGCUUGUCUUGAGCAGCAACAAAUCUGCAACCCCACACCUUCUCCAGACAACGAAUCAAACUGUACCCGUUUUCGGCCCAUUUCUCAUAUAUUUGAGGAUGAGGAACUUAUGGCAGUUUUGAGCAAUGGUCGUCAGUUCACGAUGGCAACAGCGAUUCUGGAUCAAGUCACGGGGUCUAAUCUCGAUUACGCCAUGAACUUUGUACCACUUCUAGCUCAAAGCUUGGUUCAGAGUGGAAUAUCACUGCCACUGGCUCCAAAUCAAUGGAUCCUCGAGGCAGAGAACUGGUUCCGUGUCGGCCUCUCCAACCUUCAGCGUCUCAUGGCAGAUUAUAUCACGGGCCCACCCCCUCAAUAUUGGCAGUAUAUCCCUCUCGACCAGGCGAAGAACGACACGGACCUGAAUUGGAUGUGUGGAAACCAAAUUAUGCGGCGAAGCGACUACAUCAACUUUCGUACUCUAUCCAUCUUUCUGAUUUUUGCUUUUGGAAUCAUCAUAUUUGUGGUGAACCAGACCCUUGAGACUGCGGUGGGCUCGUUCCGUGUGAGAUGGAAAGGAGGCCGACUCUGGAGACAGCGUGCAUGGUGGGCGGAUGGAACACUGCAGCUUCAAAGACGUGCUUUCGAAGGAAUGGGAAUUGGAAAGUGGGAGUUGGAUGAGUGGAAUAGAGUGCCAGUAACAACAGAGAAGAAGACAUUUAGCGCGCUAAGGAAUUGGGACGAGAUGCUUUCACCCGUUGUAGGGCAAAAGAGUACUAGUAGUAUGGAGAAACAACACUCUUCCACGACUAAGAAGAUAAACGAGGUGGUACAAGUAGUCACGAAUGAUUCUACUACAAGGACGGAGGAGACGCAGAUGGGCAGAACCAACAGUGGACGGCCUUUCUCGAUCUAAGACUAUCUGGACUAAAUACAGUUCUAGCGGUCGGAGAAGCGAUGGAUGAAGUAUGUUUCCUUCUGUCUUAGCGCCACGUGGAAAUUGUUCGGAUGCUGGGUUCCUAGACUUCUGCAUUUGAGAUAUACAAACU